UUUUGUACGCUUGGGAAGGCCAUCGGACGGAAGGGAUCGACUGAUCAAGGUAACUCUUGGGAGUGUUUCAGACAAACACAGAGUUCUAGGGGGGACAAGGUAUCUGAGGGCGAAGAUAGGGCAAGUUUAUGCUCACAGAUGGAGCAAGAUUUUCAUAACCCCGGAUCAGACUAAAGAAGAGAGAAUAAAGAAUAUGAAUCUCAAAAGGGAACUGGAGAAGCGAAAGUUGGAAGAGAAAAAUCAUGAUUUAAUUAUUUUUAGAGGGGAAAUAGUGGAAAGAAGAUCAGAUAGUCUUGUGAAUAGCACAAUGGCGACACCGGGCAUUUCAGAGCCGGGUCGGCCAUUUCGUCUAUGAUAAAUUUAAAGAAACUGUAAAUAGAGUUAGUGUUCCAGUUUCAAGUGUUCACCACAGUUCUUUCGUUGACAGUUUUUCAAGUUGUGUUAAUCACAGUUCUUUCGUUGAAAGUUUUUCAAGUUGUGUUAAUGACUCUUUGUCUGAAAACAAUGAGAUUUUAAACAGUAAUCAGAGCAAUGAUUUGCAGUAUAGGCAUAAACAGUGUCAAGCUAUUAACUCUAGUCUAAUCACGUGUGAUUUUAAAUCAAUAAGUGAUCAGGAACCCUGUGAUAUUUACCGAAGUAUUGAUUCCACUAUUGUCGCGAAAACAGUUUUAACAGAAUCAAUUGCAGAAAGAUGUAAGUGCAUGUAUACUAAUGCAGAUCAGCUCCAAAACAAACUUGAUGAAUUGCGUUUGCAGUUGUCUAUUGUGUCACCAGACUUUGUAUUUGUUACAGAAGUGUUACCCAAGUAUAAUUUCGACAAUAUAUCAUGUUCUUCCACAUUGUAUCAUAUUGAUGGUUACUCAGCUUUUCCUGGAACUGACCUUGGUAGAGGUGUCAUUAUUUAUGCGAAAACAGAAUUGAAUGUUUCACCAAAUACCACUCUUAAUUCCUUUUAUGGUGAUGCUUCGUGGAUUGACUGGAUUAGUGAUAGCAAAACAAUAACAUUAGGGUGUAUAUAUCGGAGCCCCUCCAACACUAGAAACUGUGAUGAAAUUAACCAUUUAUUAAACAUGGCAGUUGGACUCGCCGAGAAUUUAUUAAUUACGGGAGACUUUAAUAUGAAGGACAUUGAUUGGGACACGUACACCACCACACAUGGAGAGGAUCAUCAUGAAAGCUUAUUUAUUGAGUGCUUAAGAGAUAACUUUUUGUUUCAACAUGUAAACCAAUUCACAAGAUGUAGAAAUGAUCAGAGCAAGAACAUACUUGACCUAAUUUUAUCUAAAGAUGAGAAUGACAUAGUGAACUUAGAAUAUCUACCAUCCCUGGGAUGCAGUGAUCAUGUAACAUUACUAUUUGACUUUUUAUGUGAUUUCAAAAUAAUAUGUACUGGAGCUAGUUCCUAUCAAUACAGGAAAUGUGAUUUAAUACGCUUUACGGAAGAGUGGGAAACAACAAACUGGCAGGAAUAUUUCCAACACAGCGAUGCUAACAGCAUGUGGGAGUCUUUUGUUUGCAAAUUCAGAGCUAGUGUGGAAAAGUUUGUUCCAAAGUUUAAACCAAAAUCAGGACACAUGAAGAAACCGUUGUGGAUGACACAGGAUUCAUUGAGAUUUAUUAAGGGGAAGCGUCAUGCCUGGAAUAAAUAUAUGGCUACUAAAAGGACGGCAGACUUUGGAACAUAUAAAGUGGUGAGAAAUGCGGCCAAUGAAUGUGUGAAGAAGAGUAAGAAAAACUAUGAACGGACUAUUUCGCUUAAAGCUAAAAGUGAACCGAAGCAAUUUUGGCGAAGUCUCUGUCAUCCGGAGAAGUUCCAAAAGGGUGGAAAGAUGCAAGAAUAUCGCCAAUUUUCAAGAAGGGUAACAAAACUGAGCCAUGUAACUACAGACCAGUUAGUCUCACAUCAGUAGUCUGCAAGAUCCUUGAAAAAAUAGUUAGAAAACAUAUCAUGUAUCAUUUAAGUGUGAAUAAUUUAUUAUCAAAUGAUCAAUACGGCUUUAGACCACAUAGAUCCUGUGCGUUACAGUUGCUACAUGUUAUGGAGGACUGGACAAAGUUCAUCAAAGGAAGCGAAAGC